AUGGAGAACAACGUGCACAAUGAGCGCAUCAACAACGAUAAUUCAGGCUCAGGUGAUGUUUAUAUACCAGAAGAUACGGACUGGGAAGUACCCAGAGAUGAAGUGAGUCUGGUUUCAAGAUUGGGCGAAGGUGCUUUUGGUAAAGUUUUUAGGGCAACGACGGGAGGAAGGACUGUGGCCGUCAAAAUGCUUAAGGAAAAUCAUUCCGAUGAGGACUUGAUCAACUUUUUGCUUGAGAUGGAGAUGAUGAAGCUAAUCGGCCAGCACGACAAUAUAAUAAACCUGCUUGGCUGCUCCACCCAGAAUAGUUCUCGCUGGCUCAUCAUUGAAUAUGCGUGCCAUGGAAAUCUGAGAGACUUUCUAGUCCAGAAUCGUAAUCGCGCAACAAUUUGCGAAAAUGAUCUGGUUAAAUUUGCUUGGCAGAUUGCAUGCGGCAUGGAAUUUCUGUCCUCCCAGCGGUGCGUUCAUCGAGAUUUGGCGGCACGGAAUGUACUUGUCAGUGAGGACUUUGUCAUGAAAAUAGCCGACUUUGGUUUGGCUCGUCAAACAAGAGACAAAGGCUAUUAUCGAAAGGUCAGGAAGGGACGGCUGCCAGUAAAAUGGAUGGCGCUCGAAUCGCUGGAAACUGGGUAUCACGACUCGAAGAGCGAUGUGUGGAGCUUCGGAGUUUUAUUUUGGGAGAUUAUGUCGUUUGGCAUUGGACCAUAUGAAGAUAUAACUAGUGUGGAACAGCUGGCAAACUUUUUACAGUUGGGCGAGCGUCUGAAAAGACCAGACCAGUGCUCUGAUAAUCUAUAUCUUUUGAUGCAAAAAUGUUGGCAUGCCCAUGCCUAUGCACGGCCUACAUUCUCCGAGCUGGCGGCUAACUUGAGCAGUUUACUGACGCAAUUUAUACCAAAUGCUUACGAUGUAUACUUGGAUAGGUUAAGUCCUAUAAUGGGGGCGCCGCCAACAGCCCAUAGCUAUGCCAAUAUACCUGAACACAUAGUAAACGAAACUAGGCUUUAA